CUAACCUGAAUAAAACAUAUCACACAAAGCUACUUCCUGCUCAAAUACAGGAUAAUUGGCUGCUUCAGAAUGACUCCAUGGCCUGGGGAUCAUGUAUGUGUUUGUUCUGGAGAACUGGUUUCAUCCAGCUUUCCAAAAACCUGCUGUCUGUCGAGUACUGGUGUUUUUGUCUGCCGAUGUUUCCGGACAGAAUCUGCUCUCAAGGUGAUAUUGAUAUGGAUAUUGAAUGGAUGUAUUUUUAUUUAUCAAGCACGGAGGUGGGAGGAUAUAAAAGGUGAAACACAGAGGUGAACUUCCUCAGUCUGUUAUUUACCUGGUGACAACGUUUAGCACAGAUGUAUAUGUUAUUGUCUCUAACGCUUCCCCUGCUGGUGCUGUCCCAUCCUAUUAACCAGAGUUUCCUGCCGCUGGACUGUCAGGACAUUUUCAAUAAUGGUUCCGUCCACAGCGGAGUUUACAACAUCUACCCUGGAGGAUCCAAGAGCCCAUUGCAGGUGUACUGUGAUAUGGGCUGUGCUGAAAAUAACAGCCACCAGGAAGAGAAAUGGACGGUCAUUCAGAGGAGAAUGGAUGGCACUGUGAAUUUCUACCGGCCAUGGGAUGCGUACAAACAUGGCUUUGGAGACAGAAAUGGCGAAUAUUGGCUAGGUCUUGAGAACAUAUUUCAAAUCACAUGGAGAGAGAAGCAUGAGCUGAGGGUGGACCUUGAAGAUUUUGAGCAAGGAAAAGUCUACUGCAGAUACUCUUCGUUCUACAUCGAUUCUGAGUUGGAGAAUUACAAGCUACACAUCAGUGGAUACAUCGAUGGAGGUGCAGGAGACUCUUUGACAUAUCACAACGGGAAACAGUUUGCAACUUUCGACAAAGACAUCAACAACUGUGCAAAGACAUAUGAAGGAGGAUUUUGGUUUGACGGCUGCCACCAUACCAACCCCAAUGGUGUGUACAAAUGGGGACGUGGGGUAGCUGCGUAUACAGGUGUUCACUGGCACCACUGGAAAGGUGACUACUACUCACUAAAGUCUAUAGUGAUGAAGAUGAGACGUGUGUUUUUACCAGAAACUAAACAAUAACUCCAGCAGCUUGAGCUGAGAUUCACGAUUCUGAAUGUAUUCUUCAGCUAUAUGUAUACACAAUCAAAACCUAGUUAUAGAAAAUGUCUGGUUUAAGAUUGUAGAUGAGAUGAUUGUACACCACAAAGCACGAAAAGUGAUUCCAGUGAUGUCUAAUAAAUUAAUUAAAUUAAUAUUUAAUUAACUGAUGGUGUGAUGUUUCAUUUCACAAUUACAAUAAACAAAUAAACGUCAACAAACGUGCCAGCGAUGUAGUCCAGAUAAGAGUAGAGUAUGAGCAAGUUUUGGUUGAGUGUAGAAGAAUAACUACACUCGCAGUGUGGAAAGGUGACUGAGUUAGUAAGAUAAAGUUAGUUAGUUAGUUAGUUAGUUAGUUAGCUAGGCUGCAGAUGUCUAACCGUGUACACUUUAAGGAAGCUAGCCAAUGUUAGCAAGUGAACGUCAACAUCGUGUGCGUGAGUUACACGUCCAAGCAGCUGGAUAUAAAAGAAGAAAAGUAAGGGACCUUAAACAGAACCUUGUGGUACACUGUGUUUUACUUUUUAAACUCUAUUUUAAAGAAUUUCAAAGAUUUAUGCACAAUAAGAUCUAAACGACGCACGAACAUGUGUGUCUAACAUAAAGUGUCUUUAAACAUGUCCAGUUGGUCAGUACUAGUGCUGUGGCAGUGUCGUGAUUGGUCACGGUGGAUGAUCUGACGGUUAUCUCACAUUUGUCCUUUUACAGAUUUAAAUUAUUUUCAGUCGUUUUUUUUUUUAGUUCUUUACUCUGGUGGUUCUCGUCCCGUUUGUGUCUGGGCUGCAACUCCCCAAAAACGUAGGUUGGUUCUCAGAACUAUCUUUCUAAAAACAAAGAGCAAUUUAUUCUUUUUGUUUCCUUUUGCUUUUUGUUGUAUACACAAAGAUGUGCAAAGAAACAUUUGUACCAGGAUUUUAUAAUACAAUUUUUCCUUCUACUUUCACC